AUGACGCAGGUCAAUGAAGACGAACUCAAUGAGGGUUUCUACCUGCCGCACCAUGCGGUAAUAAAAGAGUCAAGCGAGACUACUAAAAUACGCGUAGUAUUUGACGCCUCCGCGAAAACUUCAACAGGAGUAACACUGAACGACACUUUGUUAAAUGGGCCGAUUUUACAGGAUACCUUAUACAAUUUAUUACUUCGCUUUCGUUCAUAUCAAUAUUUCCUGACGGCGGAUAUAGAAAAAAUGUUUCGUCAAAUUAGAGUACAUCGUGAAGAUAGAAAAUAUCAAAGGAUUUUAUGGCGCGACUCGCGAGAUAAACCAAUUAGGACAUACGAAUUGAACACAGUAACGUACGGAACCACCUCGGCACCCUUUCUAGCUGUACGUUGUCUACAGCAGUUGGCAGAGGACGAACAAGAUAAAUUUCCGGUUGCUUCGAAAUUAUUCAAAACGGAUUUUUAUGUAGACGAUUUGCUCACGGGAGCAGCCACCCGUGAACAAGCAUUAGUCAUACGUGAUCAAACAAUAGCAUUAGCGAAAUUAGGCGGUUUCCACCUAAGGCAAUGGACGUCGAAUGACGAAGGUUUAAUUGAGGACUUAGGCUCGAACAAUCAAGAACGCACCCUUUCAUUGGACAUAGGUGAGACCAGGAAGGCGUUAGGCAUUGGUUGGAAACCAAGAACUGAUGAAAUACGGUACAACAUAAAAACAACCAAGGGCCAUUCUCGACACACAAAACGUACAAUAUUGUCUCAGAUCGCGCAAUUAUUUGACCCAUUGGGAUUACUAGGGCCGGUCAUAGUUCGCGCCAAAAUUAUAAUGCAAAUGUUGUGGAAGGCUGACUUAGGUUGGGAUGAGUCGGCUCCCCAAUCAAUCCACAGAAUGUGGGUAGAAUUGGCAGACGAGCUCUCACAAUUAGUUACAUUCUCGACACCGAGGAAAACGGUUAUCGACAACCCAUUAGAAAUACAACUGCAUGGGUUUUGUGACGCCAGUGAAGCGGCUUACGGGGCGUGCAUUUACCUAAGGUCGGUUAACGACAAAGGUGACUGCCAGGUUAGUCUAUUAUGUGCAAAAUCGAGAGUUGCCCCGGUAAAAACGGUAUCAUUGCCUCGAUUAGAGCUGUGCGCUGCUAAGCUAUUAGCAAACUUGGUAAAGGAAACAAUUAGCGCGUUGAACAACAUAGAAAUUAAGAUAGUUAGAUUAUGGUCGGACUCAACCAUAGCGUUAAAUUGGAUUAGGACACCACCAUAUUCAUUAAAAACCUUCGUCGCUAAUCGGGUAAGCGAAAUACAAAAUCAAACAGAUUCUCAAGCCUGGCGUCAUAUUUCCAGUGCUGAUAAUCCAGCAGACUUCAUCCAUACAAACUAG